GGUGGACGGGGCCCGGCGAGUAGGCGUGGCCUUGGGUGGAGUUAGGGAAAAGGGGCGGGCUCUCCCGGUGAGUCCGUGUUGUCCCAAGCGGACGGGAGUGUGGGUUGAGUCAGUGAGCUCGAGACCAGUCGGGGUGAGGCACCAUGUUCAGCUGGCUGUCUGGGCCUGAGGCCCGCGGGAAGGACUCGGUGGUGUUUAACACGGUGUCCGAGGGCUUGCGCUCCCUGUACAACAAGAGGCUGCUGCCGCUGGAGGAUUACUACCAGUUUCAUCACUUCCACUCGCCCGCCCUGGAGCAGGCCGACUUCGAGAACAAGCCCAUGGUGCUGCUGAUCGGCCAGUACUCCACCGGCAAGACCACCUUCAUCAGAUAUCUACUGGAACAGGACUUCCCUGGCAUGAGGAUUGGGCCUGAACCAACAACUGAUUCCUUCAUUGCUGUGAUGCAUGGGCAAGAGGAAGGGAUCAUUCCUGGCAACGCACUUGUGGUUGAUCCCAAAAAGCCUUUCCGGAAGCUAAAUUCCUUCGGGAAUGCUUUCCUAAAUAGAUUCAUGUGUGCUCAGCUCCCAAACCAAGUACUGGAAAGCAUAACUAUCAUUGACACACCUGGAAUCCUCUCUGGGGAGAAGCAACGAAUGAGCAGAGGUUAUGACUUUUCAGAAGUUUUGCGAUGGUUUGCUGAGAGGGUUGAUCGUAUCAUCCUUUUGUUUGAUGCUCACAAGUUGGAUAUAUCUGAUGAGUUUUCUGAGGCUAUCAAGGCACUGAAAGGCCAAGAUGAUAAAAUCAGAGUUGUCUUGAACAAGGCAGACCAAGUUGAUACACAACAACUCAUGAGAGUGUAUGGAGCAUUGAUGUGGUCCCUUGGCAAAGUGAUUGACACCCCAGAGGUUGUACGCGUCUACAUCGGCUCCUUCUGGUCCAAACCUCUGCAGAUUACAGAGAAUCGGAAACUUUUUGAGUUGGAAACGGAAGACCUGUUCAGGGACAUUAAAGGUUUACCUCGGAAUGCUGCACUACGCAAACUCAAUGACCUCAUCAAACGGGCCAGGCUUGCAAAGGUUCAUGCCUAUAUCAUCAGUUACUUGAAGAAGGAGAUGCCAGCUGUUUUUGGGAAAGAACUGAAGAAGAAGGAGAUGAUAAGUAGACUUCAAGAGAUAUAUUUCACGCUCCAGCAGGAACACAAUAUCUCUGCUGGUGAUUUUCCCAAUGUAAAAAAGAUGCAGGAGAUGCUGCUGUCCUGUGACUUCAGCAAGUUUCAUACCCUGAAACCCAAAAUGCUGGAGUCUGUGGAUGAAAUGUUGGCCAACCACAUCGCUGACUUGAUGAACCUGAUCCGACAAGAAGAGGCGAGCAAGCCAGCACAGGCUGUGACUGGCGGCGCGUUUGAUGGCAACAUGAACGGACCCUUUAACGAAGGGUAUGGUGAAGGUGCUGGAGCGGGCAUAGAUGAAAGUGAGUGGAUUGUGGCAAGGGAGAAGUCAAAGUAUGAUGAAAUUUUCUACAUGCUCUCACCAAUUAAUGGCAAAAUCAGCGGGAACAAUGCAAAGAAAGAAAUGGUGAAGUCUAAAUUGCCAAACACUGUGUUGGGGAAGAUCUGGAAACUGGCUGACUACGAUCGGGAUGGAAUGCUGGACGAUGAAGAAUUCGCUCUGGCCUGUCACCUGAUUAAGAUAAAGCUCGAAGGAUAUGAUUUGCCUGGUGAAUUGCCAGGGCACCUCAUACCUCCAUCCCAGAGAAAGAACUGAAUCAAUUUAACAUUUUAAAGCAGAGACAAAUUGAUGGAUGGAUGGCAGAAGAGCCCAUCCAUUAAUUCUGGGGGAGGAUGGUAAAGCCUGUAGAUUUGAGUAUACAAGAUCUAUUUUCUAUACAAUAUAAAUCUAAGAUAGCCACUUAACUGUAUUUGCUAAAUCACAUUCUGGUGCAUAAUAACUGAAAGAUAUAAAAUAUUAAUGGGUCUCCCUGCAGUUUCUGAUACUUCCCCAGAGUGCGACCCAGUGCUGUUGCUGAAACGUCUGACUAAUAUGACUGAGCAGUUCUCCAUAAACUCCAUGUUUUUGCACUGUCCUAACUGGAUGCGGAUGUGCAGAGACCUUUCCACUCCUCCCCUCAUAUCUGCCCCUCCAUCAGCUUGUUUUCUGGGUGGCUGAGCAGUCUUGAUCUGGUACAUGAGAGCAAGGUGUGAGAGCUUUCUGCUCCUAAACAGGCUGUGAGCACCCUGAUGGUAACUGUACACUGCCCUGUCAGUUCAUUGUUUGUCAAAGCCUUCACUCCUUAUGUAAAGCAUUUCAUGCCCAUGAUCUGGCAGCUGACUACAGGUAGGGAAAACAAUCAGUGGAAACUUGGGAGUGUGUCACUUCACUACUUCAAGCCAGUCCCUUAGGCUUGAACCUUUUGGGCAUGUGAUCACUGCAGUUCUAGGUGAGACCAUUAACAAGUGCUAAACUUGUAGCUGCUGUCAAGAGAUAAAGGUGGCAUCAGCAUAAAAUGCAGAAGGAGUUAUUUAUUAACUUAUCUUUUAAAAUUUUAUAUUUUAAACAAAUAUUCUGCUGACCAAAUUUUUUUUCUCUCCUGGCCUCCGAUAUUUUGUUUGGCAGAGACACAGUUAAGAGUUAGGGAGAGGAAAGUUUCAUGCAUGGUCAGUCAUUGAGGCAUUGGCUUCAACUAGUGAGUAGCAAAAAUACAACCAGAGGGAGGGCAAGCCUUGAAUCCUUGUGUUCUGUGCUGCAGUGUGACAUUGUGAACUGUGAAAUGGAAAGUUAACUUCACAGGACUGAAGGGCCUGAAUUCUCUUGAACUGAGUCAGAAAUAAGCAUUCCAAAUCAUGGUGGUUCAGUUCAGAGUCUUGACCAGAACAAAAUGGGCAGACCAAACAUCGUCUUGUAUAAGUCGCACAAAAGUAGAUGCGCUGCUUGCACAAUAAAGCCUUCUCUUGCUUUCCUUGUUGCAGUGCCUCAUGCUGACCUGCUUUGGAGAUUGAUCUUGUGUUGGAAAUCCUGUGCUGUAGCACAGGCUCCUUGUAGUAGCAAUAGUAUUAUUCACCACCUUAAACAACAGCCACAAUCUGCAUUUAUCAUGUUGUGGAGGUGCCAGUGUUAGACUGGAGUGGACAAAGUCAGAAGUCACAUGACACCAGGUUGUAGUCCUACAGAUUUAUUUUAAAUCACAAGCUUUUGGAUCAGUCCUCCAUCACGUGUGAAGGAGCAGUGAUCCAAAAGUUUGUGAUUUCAAAUAAACCCGCUGGACUAUAACCUGGUAUUGUGAUUUUUAAGGUGUAGGUGCAAUAUCUUACACUAGGAUGAAAUUGCCAGUGGAGUUAUAUAAGGAUAUAUUUGCUUCCAAGACACCUCCCUGCACUUUUAAAACUGAGGUAAUGUUAUCAGAGCCAUAAGAGAUGUUGAUAAUUGUUCAGCAGCAUCUGAUGCUGUGGGUUUAUUGAAAAUUAGUUUGAUCUGAGAGGUUGCCCAUGCACUCAUUCUUCUCUCAGUUAUGCAGACAUAAGAACUUUUAUUCCUAUUCAAUCAGGUUCAAUCAUUAUUAGAGUUGCUUGAGUCUUGUUCAAUUGGGGAAAAGAGCCAUUGGGAACAUGGCAGGUAUUUGUGAAACUGCAUUGUUAUUUGAAACGUCGAGAGACAAAAUCAGGCAUCAGCUGGCAUGAAAGAAACUCAGUUCAAAUAAUGAAAAGUUACGCUGAAGUGUUGGCAUAGUUGACAUUUUGUCAAAGGUCAGAAGAAUUACCCUGUGUGCAGAAUGUGUGCAUGCCUGUCCUUUUAGCAUUCUUCCUAACUCUGCAUCAUUUUGCACAUUUAAAUAACAUGUACAAAUGAAGUGUAACUUUCUUGAUCUUCUGUAAUUUCUUAACAGGGUGAAGUUCUGAAAAUCGUAAUCUGAAAGCUGAUGAGAUGAUAUUGGUUAAUGCAUCGUAUUGCAAGUCACUUUACAGCCAGAGCUUUUAGGAAAGGUUCCAUUUUUAAACUCAGCUGCUUCAGUGCAAUAGAGGGACACACCUGAUUUAGGUCAGUUCCAUUUAGUGCUGAUGCCACAGAUGAGCCUUGUUUUAUCUUGCCCUGUUUAUGAAGUGCUGAUAAUUAAGCAUAUUUCUAUUUACUCAGCCCAUUGAGAGAGUUUCAGGGAAAUAUUAAAUGUGACAACUGAACUUGGGGGUGCUGUGAAUACUUCAGUGAUGAAAUGUUGGAAGGUGCCACUCCAAACUUGUUUGCAAUUCUUUAUAGCAAUGGUGCCAAUGAGCUUUUAUUGAGGAAUGACAAUAUCAUAACAAGAGAUCCUAGGUGUGUAAUGAUAGUGUCUGGUCCUGGGAGAUGGGUCCUGGAUAUGGCUGCAGACAGUAUCUUUAGCCUGUUAAAAAUGAUCUCGCACAACACUGUUGAGCAACACACUGUCCACUUACCUAGUAAUAGUACGUAACUCCCAAAGUAGUUGUUAGUGCAUAGAGUCAUACAGCUGCUGAAACAAAUGCUUUGGUUCAAACUGUCCAUGCUGACCAUGUUCCCAAACUAAACCAGUCUCACCUACCUACAUUUGGCCCAUAUCCCUCCAAACUUUUCCUGUUCAUGAACUUAUCCAAAUAUCUUUUAAAUGUUAUAACUUAACUGUGUCCACUACUUUCGCUGACAAUUCUUUCCACACACAAUCCACUCUGUGUAUAAAUGUUGUCCCUCAUGUCCUCCUUGAAUCAUUCUCCUCUCUUUCAAAAUAUGCCCCCCAUUCUAGGAAAAAGACCUUUGUCAUUCACCUCAUCUAUGUCCCUUAUGCUUCUUAAAACCUCAAUAAAGUCACCC